AUGGCAACAAUAGCUACUAAUCUUAACAUGGCAACCCAACGAGUCGUCGUCAACGGUGAGAAUCGUCCCGUUCGUCUCGCCGGUCCGGUCCGUUUGAACAAUCCGUGGAAUCUUGGGUCGAAAACAACGAACCGGAUGGGGAAAUUAAGGCCGGUUAAAGCGACGCCGGAAGGAGGAAUAUCGGAUAUAGUGGAGAAGAGCAUCAAGGAUGCACAGGAGACUUGUGCAGGCGAUCCUGUGAGCGGAGAGUGCGUAGCUGCGUGGGACGAGGUCGAGGAGCUUAGCGCAGCAGCUAGCCACGCUAGAGACAAGAAGAAAGCCGGUGGCUCCGACCCUUUGGAGGAAUACUGCAAAGACAAUCCUGAGACUAACGAGUGUCGUACUUACGACAACUGA